GUGUCUUCAUACAUAGACAACCAACAAUUGUUUGUUUCAAGAUGAACUUGACAAGGGGAAAAUUGUUGAUCAUAGUUUUAUUCGUCCUGACAUUGAAAACCCUCGCUGCUAGCAGUCAUUUAUGUGAUGUGUGUAGUGAAGAUAUUGUGGCGGAAGACGACCUCUGCACGGACUAUUCAACUGCCGGAUCGUGUCGGUUCGACCAGCCUGUCUGCACCGGGGAGCCAUGGGAAGAUGGUUUCGCAGAAGAAUUCGACUACUCCUGUUCCCAGGAAGAGGAUUCGACAAAACAACCUUCCCCUGAAGCGGGAGCUGUAAUCGCGUUGAUCCUUAUUUUAGUCUUAGUUGGAUGGGUUAUACUGGUAGAACUGGAGUCACAUGCCCACCGAAGUGUCCCGCUGCGCCGGCAUUCAUCGGGCGUGUUCUGCAAUAGAAGUACGACCAUCUUCUGUGACCGCCCAUUAUGCCCGCCUGCUUGUCGACCUGCCAUCCUGCCUGCCUGUCGACCUGCCAUCCUGCCAGCCUGUCGACCUGCCUGUCGNCAGCCCGCCUCACGGCCCGCCU